AGGGAGAAGCUUCUGUUGUCCCCGCCUACUAGGGCUGCCGCAGUGAAAUUGGGCGCGUUUGCGCAGUGACGUUCCUUUUUUUUGUUGGAAGUAAAAUUAGACACCCACCAAUAUGUCAGAUGACAUUGAUUUCCACACUGGAGAUGCUGGGGCUUCUUCCACUUUCCCCAUGCAGUGCUCUGCCCUGCGUAAAAACGGGUUUGUGAUUCUGAAAUCUCGUCCCUGCAAAAUUGUUGAAAUGUCAACUUCCAAGACUGGCAAGCACGGUCAUGCCAAGGUUCACCUUGUUGGUAUUGAUAUCUUUAGUGGUAAGAAGUAUGAAGAUAUCUGUCCAUCUACCCACAACAUGGAUGUCCCCAAUAUUAAAAGAAAUGAUUACCAGCUUAUUGGAAUUACUGAUGGAUACCUGUCCCUGCUGUGUGACAAUGGUGAUGUCCGUGAUGAUCUCAAGCUGCCAGAUGGAGACCUGGGAAAGGAAAUAGAGACUAGAUAUGAAGCGGGUGAUGAGAUCAUGAUUUCUGUUUUGCAAGCAAUGGAGGAAGAAUGUGCGGUAGCCAUCAAGGCCAUGACCAAAUAAACAGGGAUCCCAAGGCUCGAGCUAUCUGCUCAGGUCAAGAUUAACCACAGAUCUUAAAUUUGGUUCUGAUUGUCACCAAAGCUAUGGCCUUCACAAAAACCAUUAUUUUUUUAUUUUUUUUUUGCGAAUACUGCUGGAGUCUAAAUUUGGUUAUGCAGUUUAACUGGCAAUUUCCAAAAUCACUGCACUUUUUUAAACUUCAGUGCUUAAGUUACCUUUUUAACAUACCUAACUUUGCGUCCAAACUAACAGAUCCGUGACCUUUAGUGGUGGUCGGCAUCUGUUUACUUGUGAUGCAUACUUUAGAUCAAGCCUGUAAUGGGUAAAGGCAUCCAGAAUGAAGGUAAUUUUAGUGUAAUGUUAAGCCAACUUUGUAUUCUGCUUAGGUUAACUGAAGAAGAAAAUAUACAUUUCUUUUGCAUGUUUGAGCGUUUGGAACUCCCGAAUGCACUACUUAGGAGUGAACUCUCAAAGUGAUUUUAGAAUUGCCAGUUUAUGCUCCACUUUCCUGCCCCUUCCUAAGAAAAAAGAACUACUCCUGGUGGCCAUGUGCAAGUAAAUUGUAUUCCUCUGUGCUCUCCUGCCAACAUGUUGGCUUGCAUAUUGUAACAUUAUCAAAAUGGUGUCAAAGUCUGCCCACAGGCACAUGGUAUGUUGGGUGAUUCUACACAGCAGGCAUACAUGGCACAAAAUGAGGAUUAGAGUUGUAAAUGCUACAGAUUUUCACUCGAGGCCUUUGUCAUCUGACUGAAAAAAAAAUAAAAAAGAAAAUGCA